GGGGGGCCUGGGUUUUAUUCCCAGCUGUGGCAGCCAUAACCCAUGGGCUGCCUCCGAUUUUGUACCACGCUGCCGCCUCUGCGCCCCCUGCCCCGGGUUCAAAUCCUCCCACCAGGAAUCUCCCUCCUCGUUUACCUCCCCGUUCCCCAGCGAGCCGGGGCACGAAUGGGUUAAAGACACCAAGCGCCUGGCGUGUAGCCUGGAGCAGGGAGGGGGACGGGAUAGCGGAGGGACCUUCCUGUGCCAGCCUCGGACACCUGGGUCCCGAGCCCAGCUGCCCUCCCGCCGCAGUCUGCAGCUCCGGGGGAUCGCCCCGGCCCGGCGGGGCAGGCGUCCCCGUUCCCAAACCCGACCUCGUGUCACACAUGGAGCCAUGGGAAGAGCUGCAAGUCCCAGAUCCCCAGUGCUCCAAGGAACAGGAGAUGCCAAGAGGCACCCAAGAAGGUGCCGAGAUCCCACGUAGAAGCAAGGAAGAGACUUUGCAGCAUGAAAGGGAAGCAGCCAGAUGCAAAGGGAGUGUGUCCUGUAAACUCAAGGGGGGCGAUCGCUGGGUGGAAGGGCAGCAGGAUCCUGGACCUCUGGGCUCCAUUUGCGUGAAGAGUGGCUUGAGCGACGGGUCAGUGGGUGGCAUCCCAAGCCCCAUCACCUGCCCCAUGUGCGGGAAGGGCUUCAGCCGCAGGUCGAACCUCACGAAGCACCAGCGGGUCCACACGGGGGAGCGUCCCUUCUGCUGCACCCAGUGUGGGAAAUGCUUCACUCAGAGCUCCAACCUCUGCCGGCACCAGAGCCUCCAUGCAGCGGGCGAGGGGCCCUGGCGCUGCCCUGAGUGUGGGGAGAGCUUCACAGGGAGCGCAGGGCUGGCCAGGCACCAAAGAACGCAUGUCGUAGGGGAGAGAUCCCACUUCUGCCACCAAUGUGGGAAAGCCUUUGCCAGCCACUCACUCCUGACCAUCCACCGGCGCAGCCACUCGGGGGAACGGCCGUUCUCAUGUGCCCAGUGCGGGCGCAGCUUUGACCGCAGCUCCCUACUGGUGGAGCACCAGCGCACCCACACUGGGGAGCGCCCCUACCGCUGCCACCAAUGCAGCCAGGGCUUCACCCGCGCCACCCACCUCAGCCGGCACCAGCUAAUCCACCGUGGCGAGCGACCUCACGGCUGCCCCGAGUGUGGCCGGCGCUUCCGGCUCCGGGCUGCGUUAGUCAAGCACGUGCGGAGCCACACAGGGGAGCGACCCUAUAAGUGUGCUGAGUGUGGGGCGGUCUUCGCCAGUGUCUCCUCCCUGGCUCGGCACCGCCGGAGCCAUGCCGGCGAGAAGCCCCACCGCUGCCCUGACUGUGGCAAGAGGUUCGGGCAGAGCACUGCCUUCGCUGAGCACUGCCGCACCCACACCGGGGAGCGCCCCUACCGCUGCCUGGAGUGCGGCCGCGCCUUCGCCGGCAGCUCCAACUUCAUCCGGCACCAGAGAGUCCACACCGGGGAGCGGCCCUACCAGUGCAGCGAGUGCGACAAGACCUUUGGGCAGAGCUCCCACCUGCUGCAGCACCAGAUCACGCAUACCGGGGAGCGCCCCUACCAGUGCCCUGACUGCGGCAAGCGCUUCAGCUGGAGCUCAGCCCUGUGCCAACACCAGCGCAUUCACCGCGGGGAGCGCCCCUACCAGUGCCCUGACUGCGGCAAGCGCUUCGCCCAGAGCUCCAACCUGACCACCCACCGGCGCACCCACACGGGCGAGAAGCCCUACCGCUGCCCACAGUGCGGCCGCGGAUUCAGCCAGAAUGCCAACCUGCUGACCCACCAGCGGGUGCACGCGGGGGUCAAGCGCCACGAGUGCCCCCAGUGCGGACGGGUCUUCGUGGAGCGCUCGUCCCUGCUCAAGCACCAAGGCGUGCACCUGGCGGAGAAGCCGUACCAGUGCCCCGAGUGCGGGCGCAGCUUCACACAGGGCUCCACACUGGCCCAGCACCUUCGCAUCCACACCGGUGAGAAACCAUACCAAUGCGGUGAGUGCGGGAAGUGCUUUGGGCAGAGCUCGGCCCUGGCCCAGCACCGCCGGGCCCACACAGGUGAGAGAUCCUACCACUGCCACCAAUGCGGCAAAGCCUUCAGCCAGAGCUCCAACCUCAUCACUCACCAGGCCUCACACACCGGUGAGCGGCCCUACAAGUGCCCGGACUGCGGGCGCGCCUUUGGGCGCAGCGCCCAUCUGGUUACCCACCAGCGCACCCACACUGGGGAGCGACCCUACCGCUGCCACCAAUGCGGCAAGGGCUUCAGCCAGAGCUCCACCUACAUCCAGCACCAGACCACCCACACCGGUGAACGCCCAUACAAGUGCCCGCAGUGUGGCAAGGCCUUCAGCCAGAACUCCAACCUGCUCACCCACCAGCGCAUCCACACCGGUGAAAAACCUUACCGCUGCCACCAGUGCGGCAAGAGCUUCCGGCAGAGCUCAGGCUAUCUGCAGCACCAAAGGACCCACACAGCCUUGCAGCCCUCCACCACACCCACAUAAUGGUGCUCGCCAUGGGGACUAUGGGUCUAACAUCACAAGCCUCCAAUGUUUGUGCUAACUCAGAGACAUGGUGGGAAUUACAAACCACAAUAUGUUGCCUGGGCAGCAGAGGGUUACACACAGUUGGACAUGCAACUGCCUCUCCUGAUAGGGCUAAAGCAGCGACACAGUGGACUCAUAGAUGGAUCUGGACUGAACAUGGGUUUUCCAUUUCAUGGGAAAUUCUGUGAUUUUUUGGGGGGGAAAUAUCCAUUCCAAAACAGAAUGAAAAGAAACAAAUUCAAAACUUCCCCUAAAACAAAAUCUGUGGGGGAGGGGGAGGGAACAUCUAGUGUUAGCAAAAACAAUUUCUUCUGGGUUAGACUCUCUCAUUCUUUAUUAUAUACCAUAAUAUACAAUUUUAAAAAUAUAUGUAAUACGCAAUUUAAAAAAUUGAAAAGAAACAUCAUCUGGAAAUGGGAAAUCAAAAUGUUCCGCUAAAGGUCAAAGCAUUUUGUUCCAGUUUUUUUCCUAACUGAAAUUUCAUUGAAAUCGAUGUAUUUCCACUCAAUGAAAUGGCAUUUUCUGACGGAGACAUAUGGCAUCACAAAAGUUCCAACCGGCUCUUUUCAAUAAAGGCUAUACAUUGCCCUGCCAACACAAUGUGGUUGCACCCAGGCAGAUGUGCACUGGGAACAUCAAACAGAUCUUCUUGUGCUGACUUGUCCCACAAUCCACUUAGAACUCACUCCCCAACUAGAUUCAUUUCUCUCGAUUUCUGAGGGGUCUUUGAUCUCACAGACAAAGGCAGAAAGAGAUCUGCUGGCUGGGAGCUUCCCCAGGCAGAACUGCAUUGGGAGAGCAAAAACUUUUCAUCCAGGGGAAGAUUGAAAGGCUGGAAUCAAAACAUUUAAACUAUUCAGUCACUGAGUUUGGGUCACUAGUAACAGCCUAUGUCUCUGAGAUCUCAGCUUGCAGAUCUAACUAGACAAGGAGUAUAGUCUGCUAAACUAGAUUCCCAGCUGGCAUACAUCAGGUAUAGCCCCAACAGAGUCAAUGGGGCCAGAUCCCCAGCUGGUGUCAAUUGUCUGUAGCUUCAUUAGAGUCAAUGGCCCAGAUCCCCAGCUGGAGUAAGUUGGCCAUAGCUCCACUGGGGAGAUCUUGUCAGGCUGCUUGGAGAUUUGAACACUCACUGGGAUGUGAAGGAGGCUGUGAGUUAGAGUCACACGUCCCGUAUUUGUGUUGUGGAUAACAAAUCGGUUAACCUCUACCAUGCUCUCAGCUGUGGAGGCUGUAUUGAGAUGACUGGCUGUGAUGGAAAUGUUGCAUUCCCAAUAUUUGUACUUUUAACAUUUGUUUUGUGAGGUUGUUGUUUUUUCUGGAACUUUCAAAUAAAUUGAAGGAAAAACUCAGAACAAAAUACCAGUUUUUCUAUAGCAUUGUCAUGGUUUGUCAUUGUAAUCAACUUCUCAACUUUGUAAAGUGCCCAGGGUCAAGGAAUAUUGACAU